AUGCCAAUCACACUGGAACACUCAACUUUUCAUUCAAACCUUCAACCUAGAUCAGUAGCUUCAACAUUGACUCCAAAUGAUACUCAACUCGUCACACUUUAUUUCAUUGGUGGUUAUAUCAUCUUCAUCACUAUAGCUUGGAAUCUAUGGGGAUUGAGACACUUGAUAUACCCUUUUAAAUUAUUAACAGUCGCUUUUCACGAAUUCUCUCAUGCUGCUGUAGGAUGUUGUACAGGUGCGAAGAUUGAAAGUAUUACACUAGAUCCAAAUGAGGGCGGUUUGACAAGGAUGAGAGGAGGUGUACAAGCUUGUACAUUACCAGCUGGUUAUCUUGGAUCUUCACUCAUCGGUGCACUUUUGAUCUUUACCGGUUUCGACAUCGUCGCUUCAAAGGUGGCUAGUAUAGCUCUAGCGAUUGUCUUAUUGAUCACACUGUGGUGGGCUAGGAAUUGGUUGACCAGGGGCGUGGUAGUAGGUGCAAUCGGUUUGAUGGUCGCGUUCUGGUUCAUCGAUCAUGGCAAUCCUUUGCGCUUCUAUGUACUCUUCAAUGGGGUGAUGUCAUGUCUAUAUAGCGUUUGGGAUAUCAUGGAUGAUUUGAUUUUCAGAAAGGUCAAUGAGAGUGAUGCAAGUCAAUUUGCAAAGCUUUGCCCUGUGAUCCCAAGUAGUAGGGUCUGGGGUGUCAUCUGGCUCUUGAUUUCUGUUAUUUUUAUGGCUGGGGGAGUUUUGGCUGGAUUGGCAGCAUUUAAGGAGAGCUCGAGUGAACAGACAGCUGCAUCUCAAGGUUUUCUUCCAACAAGGUUUUGAUGACUGCAACUCAGAAUGGAGUUUGUCAUUUUUUUGGAUUGCUAGAAAUAUAUAUAUUGCGGAUGGUUUGGAUAACUUCUUGUCUCACUGUAGCCCUCGGAUAUCUGUAACUUUGUAUGUAUUUUACUGGUCAAUUUAGAUCAAGUUUCACAAGGAC